UUUCGCCAGUCUUUAGUGAUGCUGAGCCAGAGAUACUAUCUAGCAGAUAUUGCUUCCUGAAGGAUACGUUCUUCAAGCCACGCCGGCCCUUUGAACGCUACAUAAGAUUGGUAUCUAUGGUCCCUGGUAACACUGGUAGCUAUAUCUUUUGCAAGGGUAUUUGCUUCCAUCGAGACCAGAUUAAAACACCACAUUUCAAAAGUAAGAAGCGCAUUAUGUAUCUCCAGCGCCCAUGGUGAUUGGUCACGUAGACCUCUUGGGUCAAAGAGCAAGUCUUGUAACCGAGGGGAGGAGACUUCCAUUAUUACCCGUUGCCAUCUUAUAUCUUUUAUAGCUGCCACUGCCCAUGAGAGAGUAAUCUGUUCCGCCUGACGAAGAGAUGAAAUUCCACUGAACCUCCUACGACUGGGAAAGUAUUCAAUUAAAUACAUCCUUUUUGUAUUGGUAUCUACAGUUCAGUAAUGUCAAUUUAUGUUUGUUUUACUUACAUGAAAAAAAUUUCAUAUAUAUUUAAAAAUUAUCAAAUUUCAUGCAAUUUUUAUUAGAAUCUACAAAUACGGUAUGAAAUUCGGAAUAAGAAGAAGAUAACUAUUAUCUGGCUGUAAUUAACAUUAACUCUGUAUUUUUUUCUUGUUUAUGUGAUUCAGUUUAGUUAAAGUGUUCAUCGUGUAGUUUGUUGCAAUGGUAACAAAAUCUUUACAACUUCCUUUACCUUUUAAGACAAGAAACUAAUUUCUCGUUACCUUAGAAAGAAAGUUAGUAAAAUAACAAAUAUAAUUGUUUUACAAUUAGAUACAACAAAUCUUUAUGCCCAAAAAAGAAAGCGGCAUAACAAUAUUGUCUCCCAUUUCCUACAUUAUUUAAUGUUCAACAAUCCUUUUGUGUUUCUCACACAACAAUCUAAUUUUCUGAUUGAUAAAUUAUAGUUUUUUUUCUUAGUUCAAUUUUUUUUUAAACGAUAUGGGUAUGUCUAAGAAAUUGAUUAAGGCAGUCAUUAUGGCUCUUAUAAUGGUGUUUUUCACUCUUGCAACAAUCAAGACCAAUGCAGAAGAGGUGAUAAUAAGCUACGAAGCUUUAUUUCAAAAUCAUGCACUUGGAUGUAAUCCAAAGUAUCCUGUAACUUGUGUGAAACAAAAGGCCAAUUAAACGAUGUGAGUUUGAUCCGAGGUGCACGGCAUGGUUGUUUUAAUGUUUUUAUCUAUAAAAUAUAUCGUGUUGAUAAAAAAAAUCAAUAAAAUAUAUCGUUCGUCGAAUGUUUAUAUCCAGUUUUAAAAUAAUAAAUGGUGUUUAGCGGAUAUGUUGGAAUUGUAACAGUUGACAAAAAAAAAGUUGGAAUUGUAACUAUUAUUGUAAAGCCUCAAUACAUUUUCAAUUUGUUGCAAGUAUUAUCUUCAGACACAGCCAUUUUACAUUUAGCAAGUUAUUACGUAUUUAUACAAAUAUAGCUCAUAACCAAAACAAGCCACGAUCGCUUACUAAAAAAAGCCCAGUGUAGACAUUCU